UUCCUGGAGCCUGCGAUCCUUCUGUCAUGCUUCUUAUUUUCUCUCACACCAGGCCAACAGUCUAGAAGCUUCUCCCUUUAUCUCUCCGGUCCUGAUCUUGGGAGGCGAAGACAUCUUGGGGCCCUCACAUGUCACCAUGAAGCUUCUUGUCCAAUCCUUCGGCCUCAUGAUUCUCUUGGUUUUUCUUCUUGGAAUACUUUUAAUGGACGGGAAGAGAAGCUUCAAUUUUUUUUUCCGGUGGUCCUCGGGAUAUGCCCUCCCGGACCUCCAGUCCCCAUCUUACUCUUUCCAAAGGGAGUCAGUGUCUCUGGAUGAUGGGGUCCAUGUCUACCACCUGAACUUCUGCCCACUCUAAGAAGAGUUCCCCCAUCUACAGAACUAUCAAUGCUCAGUAACUCUCACCCCCAAGAUGCAGCUUGAGGCCUCCAAACCCCUCAUAGUUCUGGCCAUCAAAUCUCACCCCGAAUCGGGGUCCAGAAGGGCGGCGCUCAGGAGAACGUGGGCACAGAAGUGGCAGCUGGACGGUUACGAGCUGAGGCCGAUAUUUCUAAUGGGUCACACAAAUGUAUCUGGACAUAUGGAGAGUGUGAGGACCGAGAGCCAGAAGUACGGAGAUGUUCUACAGUGGGACUUCACCGAGGGGCACCACAACCUAUCCCUCAAAGAAAGAUGCUUCUUAAAAUGGGUGGUCCAAAGGAUCCCCCAUGUGGCUUUCAUAUUCAAAGGUGAUGAUGAUGAGUACGUCAGUCCUCCAGCCUUGGUCCAGUACAUAAAGACAUUCGCCACUGACCCGCGGGUCCUGCAUGGGUAUUUACGACCUCACUCCGAAGUCAUGCGGCAUACCAAAUAUGCCGUUUCGGAAUAUAUUUUCCCAGGUAACAUCUACCCCACCUUCCUAUCUGGUGGAGGGUUUCUGUACAGCGGGCCGGCAGCCGAGCUCCUCUACACCGUAUCUCAGAAGAUGCCUGUCUUCCCAUUGGAUGACGUCUAUUUCGGGUUCUUAGUUCUGGCGGCUGACUUAUCAUUUAGGCAUGACAAGCGAUUUUACGUCUAUGGAUUAAAGUUCGAGCCUUGUCAGUAUCAGAGGGCCCUGGUGGUCCAUGGUGUGAGCCCCGAGGAAUUAGUAGAAAGAUGGAGCAAAGCGCAGAAUGCGAAGUGUCAGAAGAUGGAGACCGACCCUCCGGAAAAAGAAGUCUCUGCCCAUUGAUGUGGCCCAGUGGGCCGAUGUCCUGCUCCCUGGUAUCUCCAAUACCUAUAGCCUGUGCUCAGGCCUUCAUGGUGGUGACUCUACAUGUCUUAGAGAUGUCUUUUGGGCCUGUGACAUCACAUCUGGUCGGUGAUGUCACACAGUGGGGGGUGUCCAUGAACAUAUAUGGACAAUCAGCCUGCUCAUUCUGCC